UGCCAGCCAGGCCAAACGUGGUCAGGUCUGCGGCGGCGAUGAAUCAUGGACCUGCACGUGCAGGAAGAUCGGAGGGGAAAUUAGUUAUAAAAUAUCCUGUAUUGAAUGUAUUUAAAUAUAGUGGGGAGACAUCCCUCAGCCUUGUUGUUAACCAACUGCUCGAGGAUGUGUCAGCUAUUGUUCAAGGUUUAAGAAGAAAUGUGCUGUGUACGAAGGCAGAGGAGAUGAUUGUGUGGUUUAGAGACGAUCAACAUGACCUGUGCUGACUGUGAGAGAAAAAAGAUGACAUCAGCGAAAGCUUCCUCACUGUGAAAGGUGCAGCGCUCUUCCUGCCGCGAGGCAAUGGGUCCUCUACUCCCCGCAUCAGUCACAGGCGCAACAAGCAUGCAGGGGAUCUCCAGCAGCACCUGCAGGCCAUGUUCAUACUGCUCCGCCCAGAAGACAACAUCAGGCUGGCUGUAAGACUGGAAAGUACCUACCAGAACCGCACCAGAUACAUGGUGGUAGUGUCCACCAAUGGCAGACAAGACACCGAAGAGAGCAUUGUCCUAGGGAUGGAUUUCUCUUCCAAUGACAGUAGCACCUGUACCAUGGGCUUGGUGCUGCCGCUGUGGAGCGACACCUUGAUCCACCUGGAUGGGGAUGGAGGGUUCAGCGUCUCAACAGAUAACAGGGUUCAUAUAUUCAAGCCGGUGUCUGUGCAGGCAAUGUGGUCUGCUCUGCAGAGUUUACAUAAGGCUUGUGAAGUGGCACGGUGCAACAAUUACUACCCAGGGAGCCUCUUCCUCACGUGGGUCAGUUACUAUGAAAGCCAUAUCAACUCCGACCAGUCCUCAGUCAACGAAUGGAAUGCCAUGCAAGAUGUCCAGUCCCACCGGCCCGACUCGCCUGCCCUCUUCACCGAUGUCCCAACUGAGCGGGAACGCACGGAACGACUAAUUAAGACCAAGUUAAGGGAGAUCAUGAUGCAGAAAGAUUUGGAGAAUAUCACAUCAAAAGAGAUACGCACCGAGCUGGAGAUGCAGAUGGUGUGCAACCUGCGGGAGUUCAAAGAGUUCAUUGACAAUGAAAUGAUAGUGAUCCUUGGACAGAUGGACAGCCCCACGCAGAUAUUUGAUCAUGUCUUUUUGGGCUCGGAAUGGAACGCCUCCAAUUUGGAAGACUUGCAGAACAGAGGGGUGCGAUAUAUUUUGAACGUGACUCGAGAAAUAGAUAACUUCUUCCCUGGGCUCUUCGAAUACCAUAAUAUUCGGGUCUAUGAUGAAGAAGCAACAGAUCUUCUGGCUUAUUGGAACGAUACCUACAAAUUCAUCUCCAAGGCAAAGAAAAAUGGUUCUAAGUGCCUAGUGCACUGCAAGAUGGGAGUGAGCCGCUCGGCAUCCACGGUGAUCGCCUAUGCCAUGAAGGAGUAUGGCUGGAACCUGGACAGGGCUUACGACUACGUCAAGGAACGACGCACCGUCACCAAGCCCAACCCCAGCUUUAUGCGGCAGCUGGAGGAAUACCAAGGGAUCCUGCUGGCCAGCAAACAGCGGCACAAUAAACUGUGGCGCUCGCACUCGGACAGUGACCUCUCGGACCACCAUGAGCCCAUCUGCAAGUCUGGGCUGGAGCUGAACAAAAAGGAGAUCACCACCUCAGCCGACCAGAUCUCAGAGGCCAAGACCAAUGACAACCAACAGCCGAUGUCUCCCAUCUACUCAGCUGAGCUGGACAGGGAGCAGCAGCUCCCAGAGGAUGCAAACAUGAUCGAGGAGGUGUGUGUGAAGGAGAGGAGGAUCCACCUAGAGUUUACGUGUCGGGACUUCCAUGCCGAGCAGAUGGAGGACAAGCUGAACCUCAACAAUAUCAAUGGGUGUACAGCGGGAUGUUGUGUAGACUCUGUCCCCCCCGAUAACUGCCAUGCUUCUGAGGCCUUAAUGCAACUCCAGCACCCCUUGGAAAUCACGAAGUUUCCUGAUUUGACAGUUGACGAUCUGGAAAAAGAUGCCCUUAAGCCUGAUAUGAACGUGCACUUGGUCCCCAUGGAAGAAUUCACUUCGUGCUUAAAAGACUUUCCCCAAUCCCCAAACCAGAAUUCCCCAAGUCUCCAUCAGAAUCCGCAGCCUGAAGGGACAGACCUCAGCACGGACAGGAUUGAUUUCUUCAGCGCCUUGGAGAAGUUUGUGGAGCUUUCCCAGGAGAGCCGCUCACGCACCUGCUCCCAUUCCAGGGUGGAGGAGCAAGGGAGUGGAAGGAAUGGGGUCUCCAGGGUGCCUGUGCUGGAGGUGCUGCCCACUGCGGACAGGGGUGCAGAUGGUCAAAGGAACAGCUCUGGAAUCUCUCCUCAGGCAUCGGAUGACUCUUCCACAGAUGAAGAACAACAAAAGGAGGUCCCCGAGUUGCCUAGCACAGGUCACCUCACAAGAUCCCACUCGGAAAGUGCCAUUUCUGUGAAGGAAAUCAUCACAGAGAUCGAGUCAAUCAACCAGGGAGCAGGACCUGCCCAGCAGAAGGAGGGUUCAGCCAACCUCAGCCAGACGCCAAAGAGGAACACUGUGCACGACCUGCCCAUGGAGGCGAUUUGGGCAUUGGAAAGGGUGGAGCAGAGCGAAGGAGCUUGUGCUGGGCACCAGGAAAAGGAGAAGGACCUUCUGCAAGCUGAGCAAGAAGCUGUCCCCUCCCUGCAGCAAACUUCUGGUAGAUCAGACCUGGAGGAAAGCAGCCCUGGUGGGGAGCAGCAAGAGUCUCGUGGCUCCGUCAACCCGGAGCCUAAGUGGUGCCCUGGCUCCGUCCGACGGGCCACGCUGGAAUUCGAGGAGCGCUUGAGACAGGAGCAGGAGCACCAGCACGUAUCCCCAGUCUGCAUCUUACCCACUCGCAAGAACUCCAGGAACGACUCUGCCACUGCCGAACUCCUGCCGCGGGGGAAGAGCGAGGAGCCGCCCCUGGAGCUGGCUCCAGAGGGUGACAAGGCGUGGGAUCCAGGCGCUGAGGAGCUGCUGCCACCUCUCAGGGCAGAGCUGCCUGCACCCCUCGCCUCCCCUGCCCAGGAGUCUCUGCCUGCAGAGCCCGGCACGGGCUCCGAGGGGAUGGUACACGAGCACAGGACCGUCAUCUCAUUUGAUGGGACAGAUGAGCCAUCCCUGCCCUCCCUCCUCCCAAAGAGAAUUGAAAUCAUCGAAUACACUCCCACGGUCAAGUCUGCAGAGCGUUCUGACACAAGCUGUGAGCAGGGGAGGCUGACCACAGCCAUCCCAUCUUUAGAUGAAAACUUGAACCUUUCCUUGUGCUCAGACAAGGCACCGACCUGUCUCAGAGCUCCAACACUGGUAAAUCUUGCGCUGCCAGAGCACACGGUACACGAACAGGCCACCUUCGCUGUGGGCAGCCCCAGCAAGGAUGGCGAGGGUUUAUCUGUUCACCUCGGUGCUGCUUCCCCCUCUGCCCAGGUGACAUCUAUGCCUUCAGCCAGCCCAGAUCACUCCUCCUGCCCCUACGUAAUUCAUCUGGAAGGUGUCACUGAGCAGAGCACGGAUACGGACAAUGAGCUGGUCACGCCACGUGGCAGUGAGGGAGACACGACUCUCUUGUUCAGGGACAGCCCCAAACCUCUCUGCAGGAGGGGUGCCGGCGCCUCGAGGCAGCUGGGCAACGAGGACUUCACCAGCCAACGUGCCGAAAACAUGGACCUUCUGGAUAUCUCUUUCCUGUGCUACAGCCUCCCUCACAGCUCCAGCAGCCACAGUGUGGAAGAGCGCAGCAACAGCCCCGGGCUGGUCAAGCAGCGAGCGAAGGAAAUCGAGGCUCGGAUCCGGCACGCGGGGCUCACCACACCCUCCCACAUGAAACGCUCGGCAUCCUUGGCCAAACUGGACUGCCUGGACCUCUCCAAGGAUGACUUAUCUGAGAGGGAGUCGGCCUCUUCUGAUGCCAACCCAGUGCUUCUCACCUGCCUUGCCCUCGGUCGAGGUUUUCACGGGGGGAGGUUGGAGAGGGGCUCGGAAAGUGUGUGCGGAAAGCAUUGUCUUUCCUCCCUGGAGCCCGCUAAGCAUUUUGUGGAACAGCUCAGAACAGCCGAGUGCAUUGCCCAGAGUAAGCCGGUGGAGAGGCCGCUGGCUCAGUACGCCAAAGAAUGCAGCUCCAGCCAGCAGAGUUUGUUUUCCAGCACAGAUCAAACGUGGACUAGCUCCAAGGAGGGUCCUUCACUGCUCCAGGUGCAAGUCCUGGACUCCUUAUCUCCGGCUCGAGGUGUGGCUGUCACACCCCGGCAGCAGCACGGGAGAACUCACCCUCUGCGGAGGCUCAGAAAGACCAAUGAUAAAAAGCGGACAACCAAUCCCCUCUACAAUACUAUGUGAUCCUGAGGCCUCGGCUGUCAUUUCUUGCUGAGAACCCGUGGUGUUGCGUUCACGCAAGGGGCAGGUGUAAUAUAAGGAACAUGCACUUUAUUGGUUAAUUUUAUAUAUAUUGUCAUUUACUGUUCCUGGCGCAUGUAGGUGUGGGUUGGUUCCUCUGUGUGUGACUCUGACUGCAGGACUGUUUGGGUUUUUUUAAGUUUUUUAACUCAGAUAACCUCAGAUGUUCUUUUCUUUGUUCGUUUGUUUUAAGAGAACACCUUUAUCAUGGAAAAACUUACGUAGCUUGCUUCGGCAAGGUGGAGUUUUGCUUCAAACCAGGUCCUAGUUCCUAACUUGAAUUUGCCCUCUGCCUCAAAACGGUGCCGGGCGGUCGUUGGGGUGUGAAAGCCCCCGUAAAUGUGAAGGCUGUGCCAAGGUCCCUUUGUUUGGCCUUUUCUUUUAUUUCUACAAACUGGAACUCCACGAUGCUGGCAGAUGGCUUGCAAAGCUGCUUCAGGACAACCCAUCCCAGGCUCUCUUCAGUUGGUGCAUCCUCAAAAGGAGGGCACACAGGUGAGAGGAGGAGAGCCAAAACCAGGGUGUUCUUUUAAAACAAACGCCUCGUUGGGGUUUUAACCCUCCCAUUACUUGAAUACUGCUGUGGGCCUUCCAAGUUCAUGGCCAUAUCAUCUGUCCUCUGCCCUCCUGCUGCCCGAAAGCUGUUCUUGGCUCGUGCUGCCUGCGUUCUCCUCUCCUCUCUGCCACAUUCGUGGGCACUUCUGGUCACUCCCAAACCCAGAGGCUGAUACCAUUGUUACACAACGUAUUGCCCCUACUGAAUGCAAAGCUUUGUCAUCUCUGCUGUCACUCCCAACACCCGGAGGGAAGGUCUUUUCUGGAUGUUUUUUCUCUUUUUUUUUUUUUUUGCCUAAAUUGUACAUACGGUAUUUAUAUAGGGGUUUUUUUUUGUCAUUUCUAUGGUUUUUUUU